AUGAUGAGAGGAACUAAGCGUUCGGCAAUCUCAGAACCUACUCCCCUUUUCAAUUCGAACGACACCUUCAUGCAGAGCAAGAAAGCAGUAAUGGGGUCUCAAUUUGCUGCCGACAAGGCAGAAACAUCUAUUCGGCAGCCGCCAUUGGAUGCGCAGAGAGCUGAAUCAUCAAGACGGCAUGUGAGAGCUCUCAAUACCCAGUUUGCGAGUUGGAUACAAAGUCAAUUACAAAACCAUCCAGAUGAGCUUUGGGAGGAUGGAGUGCAGGAUUACUUAAACCAUGCUAAAAGCAUUAUGGAGAAGUUUAGUGAUGUUGUUAAUUGGUUGAGAACAAAUACUGUGGAAGGAGGGGGUAUAGCCAAGGUUCCAUCUGAAGAUGCUCAGACUAAGCCUCUAUUCGGAAUUGACCAAAGCAGUCAUACAUUGUUUCCAGACAAGCCUGGUCCGACAUUGUUUUCGGACAAACCUAUGUUUCCUGCAGCCUCAACUGCAAGCUCUGGAACCCCAUGGAGACCUACUCUUCUCUUUAAUAAUAAUAGUACCCCUUUCACAUUUGGAGGAAGCCAGGUUUCAGUUCCUGGAAUUGGAAAUGCCAAUGUUGUUACUUCAAAUCAUGACACUUCAAAUGAACCUGAUGGAGAAGAUGAUAUUGAACAGCCCAGUAGUCCAUCUGUGAAAAAGAACCAAGAGGAGGGCAUUAUUGUUGUGCAUGAAGUAAAAUGCAAACUUUAUGUGAAGUCGAGUGAUCCAGCUGACGAAGGUGCUUGGAAAGAUAAAGGCACGGGCCAACUUAGUAUCAAGUGCAAGGAAGGCAUCAGUAAGGGCACAAAGGAAUCUAAACCAACCAUAGUUAUACGCAAUGAUGUGGGAAAGCUGCUGCUCAAUGCGUUGAUAUACCCAGGCAUCAAGACAAAUCUGCAAAAGAACUCAGUUGUUACAAUAUUUCAUACUUCGGAUGAUGGUGAUAACAAUGAAAAAGUCGUUGCUCGGACAUUUUUGAUGAGAACAAAAACCGAGGAGGACAGAGAUAAACUUGCUGCCGCCAUUCAGGAUUGCGCUCCUUCAAGCUGA